AUGGCUUGUGUUGCAUUGACUUCUCUGAUGGCUACCAUUGAGCUUGAAUUUUUGCAACCCAACCACAGAGUGCCUCUUUGUCUUGAUGAUGAAAAGCUAUUGAAAUCUGUGUUUGAGAAGCUUUCUUAUAUGGAAGCCUUUGUGGAGAAGGAAUACAACAACGCUGUGGGUAGUGGUGCUCCAAUCCGACGACAUCUGCAAAACAAAAUCAGAGACUUUGCAUUCAAAGCUGAAGAUUCCAUCGAAAUACAACUCACAAACAUCCUUCAACUUCAACAAAAAGCUGAUGAACGGGAACUCCAUCUCCAUCGAACCUUGCAAGAAGUAGCAAAGGAGGCAGAAGAGUUGCUGAACGUUAUCAACAAUGAAGUUGAUUCUCUUCCGUUGAUUGGUUGGCCUCACAACAUUAUUGCGUCAUCGUCAGGUGGAUCCUUGCAAUGCUCUCCACAGUUUGAGGAGGAGCUUAUCUACCUUGAUCGUGACUAUGUCAUUAAAAGGGAUAUGUACCCAAUAUAUUGGACAGACUACUUUUUGGAGCCCCAGGCAUUGGAACUAAGAGUACUCUCAAUUAUUGGAGUCCCAGGCAUUGGAAAGACUACUUUUUGUAAAAAAGUGUAUACAGAUGAUAUGGUUGUAUCAUAUUUCGACAUUCAAGCUUGGAUUACUAUUCCGCCAAUAUACAAUGGGAAUGUGCAACAACUACUGUGCCACCUUCUUCAAUCAAUGAGCCCAACCCCCCUCAAUGACGAAAUUGACAUGGGAAGCACUUUUUCUCAACUAAAAGAGCAACUGCACAGACACUUGAAAUGCAAAAGAUAUUUAAUUGUUUUGGAUGAUGUCCCUAACACUCUGCUUUGGGAUGAUAUCCAUCAAUGUUUUCCGAAUGACUCAAAUGGAAGUUGGAUAUUGCUAACCACUCUUUUCACUGAUGUGGCUGAGUACAUCACCGAAUUUUGGAAUAGCAUCAGGAGCCUUCCUUACCUAAGUGACAAUGAGAGUUGGCUUCUAUUUUCCCACAGAUUUUCUCUUGAACAGUAUAUGACACCUAAAUUUGAAGAAAUCGCGAAGAAUCUUGUUGAGGAAUGCAAAGGAUUGCCGCGCUCAAUUGUUACAGUUGCAGACCGUCUAUCUAAAUGCAACUGCACAUUGAAGGAAUGGAAGAAGAUUGAGAAAGAAUUACUGUCAUUGGGAAUUCUGCAUAGAGAUACACAACACUCAAUCAAAUCAAAGUCAAAAAACUUAUUAAGUUAUGGAUUGCUGAGGGAUUUGUGA